CUCGCCACGGUUAAACGUUAAAAUGGUUUAAGUUCGCCGGAAAACGACUUCUAAUGACUACGAAACGAGCAGAGUGACUGAUAAUCUACGCAUUUAAAAAUUUUGCCCAGAAAAAUCAGUGCAGAAAAUACAUAGAUACUUCUAAGUGAUACCCAAUUAAUAUUAAAGUGAAUGUAAAUUAAGCAAAAAAAAAAUCCAAAUCUGAAACUUUUCUAUGUAGACGUUGGAUGCUAAUUUAGUGAAUUAAAACAAAAUGUCCAGUGUACAAGUGUCACAGCCUCCAACACUGCAACAGCAGCAAACGCAUCAACAACAGCAGCAACAAAUUUCGCAUUUCCUAAAUCACAUUGCUGCCGCGCAACAGCAAAAACUGCAGCGAAACCCAUCGCCACAACGCAGCGAUUGCCAGAACAAUAAUAAUAACACUUGCUCCACGCUGUCGCCUCGAUCGCCCGUCCAUUCCAGUCCAACCAGUUCAUCUAACUCGCCGCGGUCCGCCACGAACUCUCCACCAAGUGGAUAUGUCAUAAAUACAAGUCCACAGCGCGAAAGCAAUCAUCCCGUUUUACAUCUACCCCCCACAUCCAGUGCGGCCUUGCCGCUAAUUGUAGCUCCAAUACCCGCUCUACCACACCUCGCGCCCAUGGCUACCACCACAGCAGCCAACAGUUUGCGCGAUCAACGCAUCUUCCCAGCUUCCGUCACACAAGCGCCGCAACCACCGUCAGCAAUUUCAGCGUCACGCUUGUACGAUGCAUUCACGCCGAGUGCGUUGCCCGUCGGCCAUCCCGCCUUGGUCAAUGGCUGCUAUCCCAUGCCUCGUCUGCCGCUUAGUAACGUUAUGUUAGCGCAGCAGAAUGCAUCCGAUUCGCCACCAGUAACCACUACAGUGACGGCUCAGAGUCAGCCGAGAAAGUCCUUUUGCAUCGAGGCGUUGUUGGCUAAAAAUCAGAACAACGACGAAGCGUUGGAAAAUAGUGCUUCGAAACCGUUUACAGAGGAUCGGUUAGCGGCAUUUCAUUAUGAACGCGAUAAUGCAGAGCUGGAUCAGGCCAUAGCCGCCGGCAUAAGUGAACAGGAGACCCUUCAACGGAUAAGAGACUCCCGCGAGUAUGGCACGCCAAGUCCUGAUGGCAUGUCGAGAUCAGAAUCUCCAACAUCUUCACAUCGAUCUAGUCCGCCCAUUAGCCCUGGUUGUGAGGAUCAACAUCAUAUUGGUAUUUCAAUGGAUUUUCAUGAUGAAUUCAAAAAGCCUAUUCCACCGCACAGUCCCAUAAGACCGCAAGACUUUCCACUUUAUACCGGCGGUCAUCCAUACCAUUUGCUAGCACAAGGGGGAUCAGCAUUUCAUCGACCAUUGGAUCCAACCGGAAAGCCAAUACCUCUAUCGAUGGGCCAUAGUUUUAUGCCUUCCCACCUUCAAUUCGAAUUUUUGGCUCGUGCUGGAAUGCUACAUCAUCGUAUCCCCGAACUGGCAGCCUACCCACAUCACGCUAUUUUAGGUAAAACACGCCGUCCGCGCACUGCAUUCACAUCGCAACAGCUGCUCGAGCUCGAAAAGCAAUUCAAGCAAAACAAAUAUUUAUCCCGCCCAAAACGUUUCGAAGUGGCAAGUGGACUGAUGCUUUCCGAAACGCAGGUGAAAAUUUGGUUCCAGAAUAGGCGCAUGAAGUGGAAACGCUCGAAGAAGGCGCAACAGGAGGCGAAGGAACGAGCUAAACAGCAACAUCAACAGCAGCAGCAACAACAGAGUGCAAACAACAGCAGUUAGUAGCUGACCGAUGCGGUAGUUCUUCGAAAUGAGGUGCAGGAGCAGCCUAAUUAUCCCAAAUAUCCAUCCAAAGGAUAAAUCACCAACACUGCCCAUUGCACCAACAACAACCCCAUCAGCUAUGGUGCUCGUAAUUACAAUUCUAGUCAAAUAUAGGCGUCGGAUAGCGAAUGUGGAGCAUAGCAACGUGUCCGGCAGAUUUGCUGUCUCCUUGUGGGAUGUUGGUGAGCGAGUAUUGAAGGGUAGUAGCUGAGGGAGCUCUUGUUUGUACGGCUGCUUCUGGCGCCCAUUGUACUUAUGGUACGUGCAUUGGCACUUGGCGAUGCCUUUUGUUUGCUUUGUAAUUAUGUAGUUCAAUUGCGUUAAGAUGCGUCCAUGUGAAAAUUAGAAACGAAACUAAACUACAUAUAUACAUAUGGAAGGAGUUUUUGUUUAUGUUCACAGUUAAAGUAAGUGGCGAAGAAGUUUCUCAAACAAAGUGCGUUUGGUAUUCAAUAUAUUUGUUUCUAUGAAUUGCUUAGUGAACUCUUUGUUUGCUUUCAUUAGCAGAAAAUUUCAUAGUGUGAUACGACAAAUUAUAGUAUUUAUUGAAAUUAAUUAUGUAUAUUAUGUAAAUGUAAA